UCUCUUUACUACACCUAUAGUACCGUAUCGAAAUCUCGGAUUUCAGAAUUUCACCACUCAGUUGAAAUCAAUGACAUAGAGAUGAGUUUCUGUAAGAGUGUGAAUAAAGCAGAUUUCUUGAUUCAGUUGUGUGAGGAAACUAAGAGUCUCUUUAGAAAUGAAACUGAUGAUUUGAAUUAUAAAAGAAAAUGGCUUCAGAUCAACAUAAAUGCACUGAUGGAAGCAGGAAAUGAAAACAGGACGAACGACACAGAUCUUCAUGUUCUUCAGUGGAGACACGGCUGUGCAGUUGAACGUCACUCUAAUGGUUCAAUAAUAUUUCUUAAAGGCACUGAUGAAUACGCCUAUGAUGGAAAGACUUUGACCUUUACCCUCUCUGUGCACUGGAAACCUUUGGUCCUUGAGCAUGGCAUCAUCUGGAACAGAGAAUCAGUUUCCAGUCUUGAGAGGAAAUGUGUGGAAACAUUAACCAGCUUCUCUGACCUUCAACAAGAGGGAAAGUUCAUCACAGCAUCUCGUCCUGAGAUUUACUCUUCUGUAAAAGCGUCUGGAUCAUCAGAGCAGCAGAUUCUGGUGUGUUUGGCCACAGGUUUCUACCCUAAACAUGUGCAGAUGGAGAUCAGACGUGAUCAGACGCCAGUACCUGAGGGGCAGCUGAACUCACAUGGACUCAGACCAAACGCAGACGGAUCCUUUCAGCUGAUGAAGAGUCUACAGAUCCUGCCGUCUGGAAGAUCUCACUAUCAGUGUGUGGUGAAGCACCAGACUCUGACUGAACCACUCAUUAGCAGCUGGGGUAACGAUAAUGAGGAGGAUGAUAAAGAUGAAUCGAAUGUCCUGCUGCCGGUGAUCAUUGGAGUUGUAGUUGCUUUAGUUAUUCUUGCUAUCAUUGUUCUUGUUUUUUAUCUGUUGAGAAAAUAUGUUAAAUAUCGAAGUGAGUAUUAUUACUUUAAGUGUUUUAAAGUCCCAGUAGGAUGAUAGAAGAUGAGAAUGACUGUUAAUGUUUGUCAUUUCAGAAUCUCUGGAGAGACAAUCACAGGAUGAUCUGAGAUUGAAAUGUCUGCACACACUAUCACAGGAUGAUCUGAUAUUGG